UGUGUGUGUGUGUGUGUCACUGAUCAAUGUCAUGACUUCCUCCUUGGGCUGAGCAAGCGUUUGCGUCGGGGAGGACCCGGUGGAAGGAAGCCGACUGCGUUGAUCUCGUCGCCCCCAACUCCUCCACCUCCACAUAUACACGCUCUCUCGCUCCCUCCCGCUCUCUCUCUCUCUCACACACAACUUGCCCGGCUGAACCAGCUUUCUCGGCAUUCCUCUGCAGCCUCCCGCCGCCGCCUCCACUACCACCACCCUCGUCGCUCCGCGCAUCGCACCAAGCCUCCUGGGCUCCCCCCGGCGGGACGGCGGGGGGCGAAGAAGAUGAGCGCAGGGCACGUCGUGUGCACGGGCUGGCUCAUCAAAUCGCCCCCUGAGAAGAAACUCAAGAGAUACGCUUGGCGAAAGCGCUGGUUCGUGUUGCGCCAGGGCAGAAUGAGUGGAAACCCUGAUGUCCUGGAGUAUUACCGAAACAGCCAUUCCAAGAAACCCAUCCGGGUGAUCGACCUGAAUGAAUGUGAGGUGGUGAAGCACUCUGGCUCGAGCUUCAUCAAGAAAGAAUUCCAAAACAACUUUGUCUUCAUUGUGAAAACGACUUACCGCACCUUCUAUCUGGUGGCCAAAUCAGAGGAGGAAAUGCAGGUUUGGGUGCACCACAUCACCCAAAUCUGCAACUUCGGACAUUUGGAAGAUGGAACAGAUUCCGGAGACAGCCUCUCCCACACCACCACUUCCCCGCAACCUUCACCAGCCGCCUCUGCCCACGCCUUGAGGGUUGCAGACCCUUCCCUUUUGGCUGACCAGGCUGCUGCGGAUGCUUCUGCUGCAGAGGAGACGGCAAGCGAGUCAGAGUCUGUCUUCCUUCCUGACUAUCUGUUCUUAUCGAACUGUGAGACCGGAAAACUCAGUCAUGUCAGGUGCCACAGCUGGUCCAAUUCUGAUCGAUCCCUAGAGCAAACUUCAUCAGACGAUGUCUUUGUUGACUUUGUGGCAUCUCAGCCCUCACUUUAUCUACAGCCUUCUGGCAUCUUGCUGCAAGAAAUUCCCCAGGCAAUGGGUCAUGGGGCUCUUCUCAAGAAUGCAGAUUCAAGCGGUCCCCCUUCCAGUGAUUUCUCCUCUUCCUCACCACUUUCAGGACCUCCCUUGACACCAACUUUAUUGGUUGAUAAAAGCCCAAGUGCUCUUUCCUAUGGCAUUACUGAACUUGAUGUUCUGGGCAAUACACCACCACCAAGGCCUCCUAAGCCAACCCACUUCACAGACAAACGGGUUGAAGAGCCAUCCAGUGGGGCCCUUCAGAAUGGACACAUUGGAAUCUCCUGUGCUCAAGGGGCAUUGGUGCCAAGGAGAAUCUCCUUGUCUGGAUUGGAUAGCAUGAGAAGUUGGAGAGCUGACUUGGAAGGAAAUUCCUUAAGACGCAGGGAUAAAAGGCUUAGCUUGAAUUUGGUUCAAUCCCCGACAUCUGCAGGUGGAGUUGAGAGAGAUCCUCGUCUGAAACCUUGGAGAGCUUCUGCCAGUCAGUGUAGAGGAUACCAAGCAAGAUGGACCAAUAAGGCAGCCUCCUCUCCAAGUCGUUUUAGCCCUCUCUACUCCUGCACAUCAAAUAGUUCCGAGGACAGUUACGUGCCAAUGCAUCCCAGCAUCUCCCCACCCGUCCCAGGAUCUGACUGCACACCUGAUGGCUACAUUCCCAUGAGUCCAGGCUCAGCUACGUUCAUCCGCUCUGCAGCCAGCAUAGAAAAAAUCUCCAGCCCUCUGCCCGAGCUCCCUACAGACCUGGAACCACCUCCAGUGAACCGGGAUCUCAAGCCUCGCCAAAAAUUCCGACCACCUCCGCUGGACCUGCGAAACCUUUCCACCAUCCGAGAACAUGCUGCCUUAACCAGGACGUGGACUGUGCCUUACAAUCGAACAAGCUUUAUCUCUCCAGAAAGAGACUGCAUUAAUUCAGCGAGAGUAUUUGCCAGUUCAGUUUCCGGAGAGGAAGAAGAAAGUUACAUUCAAAUGGAGCAAGCAACAUCUCCAUGCAAUGGAGCAUUCCAAUGGCCAAAGAACUUCAGCCUUGAUUAUUUAGCACUGGAUUUUAAUUCCGCUUCUCCGUCUCCUGUACAAAAGAAACCUUUCCUCUCUGAAGAACAAAGAGUGGAUUAUGUCCAAGUAGAUGAGCAGAGAACUCAAGCUCUCCAGAACACUAAGCAGGAAUGGACAGAUGAAAGGCAAUCCAAAGUUUAAAGAGAGAAGUGUUGACUAGCUUGAAUUUGCACAUUAAAAUCCAGGAAGUUUGGAUGAUUCAGUAGUGGCAGUGCAAAGCAGAAGUCUCCGGCAGUGUGAGAUAGAGUGAUGGUCAGCCGCUUUCUUCAGAAGCUACAUCUUUUGGGGGUGGAAGGAGCACAUCAGUGAGAGAGGAUCGAGUUGUACUAUGUCCAAAUCACACAGUCACUGUCAUCUUCUCAAUCCCUCCUUCCAGUAAGGACCUGUGGUACCAUUUUAACACCUGAAUUUGGUCCUCUGUAAACACUUAAUGGGAACAAAAGCCUUGCAAUGUCACAUGAAACACUGCAAUUACUUAUUUCUGUUUUAGAUAUAUGUAUAUAAAUGUAUAUAUUCCUGCCUAUUUAACAGAUGCUGCAUCUACUGUAGUGUCUGGUACUGACAGGUGUUUGAGAAUAAGGGCUAAACAUUGGAAACAAUUUAAAAACAAACUUUUUUUCAGGGGUAGGGGGAGUGGGAGUUGAGGAUUUCCCUUAGUAUAAUAUGUUUAACUGUCAUUCAUUUAUUGAAGAAUGUAAAUAGAACUUUGCACUGUUGACAAUGGAAAUAAUUGUUCCCCUCUUGUGCUCAUCAUGGAAAACUUGCACCCACCACAGUUAAUCUUGCCCUACUUUCGUGGCCACCUUUCCAUCUGAUGAGCUCACAGUGCAUUUGGGGGUUUCCUUUUCCUUCUGUUAUGACCUGUGCUGCAAGGAGUUGCUUCCAACGUAGCACAAGCCCUCCUGUGCAUCCUCUCACUUAACUGAACCUUUCUGAAAGAAAUCAAUGGAAGCAGCAAAGCUACUUCUUCUUUCAUUAAAAGGCUGAAAUUGAACCAAUGAAGCUUUCAGUUAUCACUGUUCCUGCAUACAUAAGAAAGCUGUGCUGGUUGGAUAUCUCUUGGGGCUAGCUACAACACUGCUGCUUGUACAGACACUCUGCCAGUAAAGAAAAGGGUAAUUGCCAAUAAUUAGGUCUUGCCAACAGGUUCAUUUCAAUGAGUUGCUUGGAUGUUGGUAGGGGCAACAUGUUGUCACCCUCUAGAUCAGGCAUGUCAAACCUGCGGCCCUCCAGAUGUUUUGGACUACAAUUCCCAUCUUCCCCAACCACUGGUCCUGCUAGCUAGGGAUCAUGGGAGUUGUAAGCCAAAACAUCUGGAGGGCCGCAGGUUUGACAUGCAUGCUCUAGAUAGUCAUGGACCAGAACUCAUGCUGGUUGAAGUGGAUGGUUUGACAUGCAUGCUCUAGAUAGUCAUGGACCAGAACUCCUAGCAUUCAUGCUGGUUGAAGUGGAUGGGAGCUGGAGGUCCAGCAACAUCUGGAGGGUCUCAGAUUCCCCAUCUCUGAUGUUAGCACUGUGCAAGCUCCCUGUCCCUGUUUCAGUUCAAGACACAAUUCAGUUUGGAUCAAUUCACACCCAACAUCCAAAUCAAAAUUUGGAGAUCUGAAUCUUCAAUCCUCAGAGGGGCAUGCAUUGGGAAGCCAAAAUGACCACAAUCCUCCCCAUAGAUGCAUGACGUUUGAAUACAUGGUAGCUCCUCCAGAGGGGGUUUCAGAUAGGUAGAUCCAGGGGUUUAUGUGCUAGCCACUGUUAAAGUUUGUCCUCCCUCCCCAAUAAAGUAUUUCAAAAGUAAAAUGGUCAUAACUUUGUUGUUUUUGCAUAUAAGUGCAUGGAGCUUGAAGACACCUGGUAUGUGGUUGCCUUGGUUAAUAAAUUUGGAUUUGAACGUUACUUUCCCCCUGUUCAUUGCCCAUCUGCAGCAAUGGCAGAGAGCAGUGGUGGGAUCCAGCCCCACGUCAGAAUAGUACCACAGAUUGCCUUCAGCCUGAAGGUAUCAACACCACCACAGGAACAGUGAGGGCACCAGUAAGCAUUUCCUGAUGGCACUGGAAAGUAUAUCUGUUGCUGCUCACCACCCUCAGCAUUCCAAAUGGAAGAAAUCCUCCUCAAUCCACCUGAGAACCUCAGACACAGACACCUUUAGAGAUGCUGAUGUCUACCAAUGGGCUGGACUCACUCCCUUCUGUUACCAAAGGGGAAGCCCCUGCCAGACUGCUGCUACCAGUGCCUACUCCAUACUCAAAUGAUUGCAUGGCUGUGGGACUAGGCUUGCACCUGCUACCAGUGGUUGCUGCCAACAUCUCUGGCCCCUCUGCCUCUGGUGGCACCACAGCUGCCCUGUGGAAGUGUGCUGCUUUUUCACUGUAGGUGUAUGGUGUAUUCAGAAGACUGACACCUACAAAUGCAGAAAAUCACACAUCUGUAAUGCAAACCUAACUAAAAAACUAGUGUCAUUUUGGGGAAUGGCAUAAGGGAAAUGACACUGCCUAAGUAACAAACACUAAAGAUACAGACAAUAAACAUGGUUUUCAUUUUUUUAGAAUAAGAUUGUGAUUGGGAAAGCAUUGUAAAACAAGCAGGUAUGCAAGAAAGAGUGCUGGCUAGCAAAAUACAAGCUGAAUAAAACCCUCCAGAUUUGUGCUGACUUUCAGAGAACUUGCAAAACAGUAAAUGUCUCCGAGAGACACCUCUAACAGUUCACCACUCUCCAGCACUGUGAUUGGAUAUUAAUGAACUCCCCUUGCAUGGCACCGAUUUGCAACAUUUUGAGGACAAGCUGUCUGUUUUAGGGAUUUUUGUUGCGACUGGCUUGAGAGAUGCCUUGACAUGUUUCAGGCCUGCUUCAGUUUGGGAUUUGUCCAGAGCAGUCACACAGCCCUACAUGACAUAGGUGGUUGACAAGUUUUGUCAUUUCAAGCCAUGAAAUUAUUACAUAACAUGAGUGUUACAGUUGGAAUGUUGAUCAACAUAACAUCCAGUUGAUCAACUGGAUUUUUCUGUACCAUUAGGUAGAGUAUGUUGCAGAGCUGCAGUUGUAGGGACAUAGGAAGCUGCCUUAUACGGAGUCUAUCUAGUUCAGUAUUAUUGACACUGAUUUGGCAGCAACUCUCCAGGAUUUCAGACAGAACAUGCCCAAACCUACAUGGAAAUUCUGGGGGUUGAACCUGGGACCUUUUGCAUGCUAAGCAACUGCUCCCCUACUGAGCUUUGGCCUUUCUAUUGCAUUGACCGACUAGAUCAGGGAAGGAAAACUGUGUCCCUCCAUAUUUUGUUGGAUUCAACUCCCACUGGACCUGACAGUUGGCCAUCGUCUCUGGGGCUGAUGGGAACUGAAGUCUCAAAAAUAACCUGGAGUGCAAAAGCUUUUUCAUACCUGGACUAGAUGGAUCAUUUAUACCAGCAAGAGUUGUAUGUUCCAUUUCUUUUUAUAUAGACCACCUAGUUCAGAUGUAGCAUGUCACUUGGUGGUGGAUGGUGCUCAUUGGGACUGGCAGGGUGGAAAGCAGUGAGUCCAACUGUAGCUGGAGCCAGAGCCAAUGACAAACAGAACCAACUAAUUCCAGUUUCUUCUUCGUCCUCCUUGCUUCUGACUACAAUGGUUAUGUUUUACCUCCAAUUCCAGAGGCAGCAUGCCUCUUCAUACCAAUUGCUGGGAAUUGCAGGUGAGGAGAGUGCUGUUGUGCUUGUGUCCUGUUUGCAGGCUCCCCACAGGCAUCUGGUCAGCUAGUGUGAGAACAGGAUGCUGGAGUAGAUAGGCCACUGGCCCAAUCCAGUAGGCUCUUCUUAAUGUUCUUGCAUCCUGACAAG